UGAUGACGAGGAUGGUGCUGACUUGGGCUGUGAUGAGGAGGAAACUACUGAUGCUACCAAUGAUGACGAGGAUGAUUCUGACGUGGGCUCUAAUAAGGAGGAAACUUCUGAUGUCUCCAACGAUGACGAGGAUGAUGCUGACGUGGGAUGUGAUGAGGAGGAAGUUUCUGAUGUCUCCAACGAUGGCGAGGAUGAUUCCGACACAAGCUCUAAUGAGGAGAGAACUUCAUAAGUCAUCUGUGAUGACUUUGACGAUGCUAAGGUAGGUGGUGCUGAGAAAGAAACUGUUGGUGCAACCAAUGAUGACGAGGAUAAUGCUGACGUGUGCUGUGAUGAGGAGGAAACCACUGAUGCCACCAAUGAUGACGAGGAUGAUGCUGACGUGGGCUCUAAUAAGGAGGAAACUUCUGAUGUCUCCAACGAUGACGAGGAUGAUGCUGACGUGGGAUGUGAUGAGGAGGAAACUACUGAUGCCACCAAUGAUGACGAUGAUGAUUCCAACACGGGCUCUAAUAAGGAGAGAACUUCAGAUAUCACCUGUGAUGACGUUGACGAUGCUAAGGUAGGUUGUGCUGAGAAAGAAACUGUUGGUGCAACCAAUGAUGACAAGGAUGAUGCUGACGUGUGCUGUGAUGAGGAGGAAACUACUGAUUCCACCAAUGAUGACGAGGAUGAUGCUGACGUUGACUGUGUUGAGGAGAAAACUACUGACGCCACCAAUGAUGGUGCUGACAUGGGCUGUAAUGAGGAGGAACUUUCUGGUGUCUCCAACGAUGGCGAGGAUGAUUCUGACGUGGACUGUGAUAAGGAGAAAAUUACUGAUGCCAGCAAUGAUGACGAGGAUGAUGCUGACUUGGGCUGUGUUGAGGAGGAAACUACUGAUGUCACCAAUGAUGAUGCUGACGUGGGCUGUAAUGAGGAGGAAGUUUCUGAUGUCUCCAACGAUGGCGAGGAUGAUUCCGACACGAGCUCUAAUGAAGAGAGAACUUCAGAUGUCACCUGUGAUGACUUUGACGAUGCUAAGGUAGGUGGUGCUGAGAAAGAAACUGUUGGUGCAACCAAUGAUGACGAGGAUAAUGCUGACGUGUGCUGUGAUGAGGAGGAAACUACUGAUUCCACCAAUGAUGACGAGGACGGUGCUGCCGUGGGCUGUGAUGAGGAGGAAACUACUGAUGCCAACAAUGAUGACGAGGAUGGUGCUGACGUGGGCUGUGAUGGGGAGGAAACUGUUGAUAUCACGAACGAUGGCAAGGUUGAUUCUGACGUGGGCUUUAAUGAGGAGUAAACUGUUGAUGUCACCAACGAUGAUGCUGACGCGGGCCGUAAUGAAGAGGAACUUUCUGAUGUCUCCAACGAUGGCGGUGAUGAUUCUGACACGGGCUGAAGUGAGAAGAAAAUUUCCUUUGAGAGUUUGAAAAUUCCUUUGAAAAUUUUCAAGUUUGGAAUUAUAGUAAACAAUCAUCGAAGACUGCAAGUAGGGCCAUAGCCGGAGGUUGGGACUAGUGGUGUGACUGACUCUUUUGAAAGAAUUGCUCUACAAAUACGAGAAAAUAAUCGGCCGUCUAGAAUUGCAUCGUUGGGGAUUUUUCAGAAUUGUCAGCAAAUAAAGGAUGGCUCACCUACUUAAUCAGCGAAUGGGAACUGGACAGCCCUUAUGAGCACAAUAGCUAGCGACGUUCUUGACAACAAGAACGAUUACUGCCAGCCAAGAUAUCAAAGAUAAGCUUGCUACCCAUUUUUUCAAGAAUGAAUCUCAGUGAAUGAAUGCACUGACUUUCACAUUUGUAUCUGAAGUGAUAAUCGAAAUAUUGCAACUAUUUACAAUGCAAUCAAGAAUAUCCCACGUGGAAAUAAAUUGUCA